AUGGCUACGAAACAUGGGGGCCGCCUACCGGGCAGUGACGGAGGCGAAGAGAACGACGACGAGCGUGGGGCAGAAGAUGACUCUGAGGUUCAUCGCGAAUUUGGCAGAGAGGACUUUGGUGAAUCUGAGAUGUCGUCGCAGCACACCAGCUACUCUCGUUUUGGAGAGGAGGAUAUCUCUGACCUUAUCCUUGCUUUUCCGCUUGCAACUCAGCCUACUACUACUGAGGAUAACCCACCACCAUCCGCGACACCGUCUGCUGUAAGUUUAGGGAAACGAAAAGCGGAUGAUUCUUCUGCAGAGUCAAUAUUCCCCAGUUCUCAAGCUUCGAAAUUUCCAAGAUUGAAUUCAGCUGCAGAGAAGACGGACCCCCCUGGACCAGUGCUUCCAGCGGACGAAGAAAAUCCUUUUUUGGAUACAUGGCGACCUGCUGCCCCACCACCAGACAACAUCAAUUCCCCUAUUGUUCUCUCUCCACCUUCACCUUUGCAGACAUUUUUCAAUGCAAAAAAAUUACCAUACGGGGUGCAAUAUGAGACUGCUCGUCUGGUUAGUCUUGGCACAAUGUCGUAUGACGACGUUUCUAUCGGCGUUGUCGAUGAGAUUGCAAAGUUAUCGACUAACGCUGAGGCUGCUCCCCUUGCAGCCAAGAAAUUUCUCACGUUCGACUAUGACGGGGGUGAAGGGCACACUGAUUGGGCUGCUUUCUUUGCCAAGGAAUCCGCUUGCAAGAACCCUUGGGGUGAAUUGGAUAAAGAGGAGGAGGCACUUCAACGAAACCCGUAUGGUGGAUUGGGCUUCGAUGAAGAGGGCAAUCAUCUGUCGUGGCACGGCGGCCAAGUUCAUUUUCGUGGCACACUCAAGGAUGUUUCCCCAAAGGGCAGUAAACAGAUCGCAUACAAGGUGGUGCUUGAGAGAGCAGAGCUCGGAUCAUCGGAUCAAUUUGCUCGACGAUUUGGCAGCAAGAACUUUUUCCGACUCAAACUCUCAAAAGCUGUAUCCAACAGGGAUGGCGAAGAAUUAUUACACUUUCUAUGUCGACCGCUUGUCCUUUGCAGUGGUGUCUUUAGGGCUUUCUUUGCGAAAGAAAACAACGUAUUUUUCGUAAAGACAAACGAGCAUUGGAACGGUCGUGCGUUAACAUCUGAGACCACCCCAGGAGUCUUGUGUUUUAUUGACUUCUUGGAUUGGCAUAAUUCAAUGGAGAAAAAUUCCUCUCAGACGAUGGCGAAGUGGGCCUCUCGCUUUGCUUUGGGCCUCUCAAACUCAGUUCCUGGCUGGAAAUUACAAUUGUCACAAAUUCGCUUUGAAGACGAUAUUAGUAUGCCUUUCAAUUGGAGCGUAGAUACUUGUCACUUAUUUUACUUGCCAGCCAACCUCAAGACUGGAUCUAACAUGACCGAUGGCGCUGGAAGUAUUAACAGAUAUUGCCUCCGAGAAUUGCGGCACCGUUAUGACUGGGAAGAAAAACCGACUGCAAUCCAAGUCCGUCUCUUCGGAGCGAAGGGUUUGUUAGUUGAAAAUACCGAUACCACUGAGAGUCCCUCUGUGAUUCUAACACCCUCCCAAAUGAAAAUCCAAUAUCCCACUCACCUUGACCCCGAUCCCGCCCAUCUCAUCAUCGAUUUACUUCGUUCAUCUCAUUCCAAAGCACCUUGUCGUCUAUCCGUCGAAACGAUAAUUAAUCUAGCGGAAAACGGGGUUCCAAAGUCAGCAUUUUUGGAGCUUCUUCGGCAAGGUUUGAUAGAACUUGUUGAACCUCUCUUGGAUUGGGAAAGCCCAAUGGCAAUGCGCAAGUUGUGGUGUAAUGUCAGAAAGUUGGGAGGGAUUAUGGCUGCCCGUAGAGCACGUGAGGACGCUGGUCUUGCUCGUGUGAAAGGGUACUCCGAAUGGGAGGCGGAGGAGGUCGAAGCUGAUGACGAGGAUGGCUUCAAGCAGCUUGAUUCUGUCAAACAGGGAUCAUCUGCAUGGUGGAAUGAUGAAAUAAGCGGGUGUCCAUCCUCCUUGGAGGAAACAGUCAUGUACUUGAUCGACGCUGGGUUCACCCCACAAACCUGCCCCGUCUUGCGCAGCAAACUCGAGAAAAUCGUUAAAAGCAGUGUUAAAAACUACAUUAAGGCAUAUCGCAUCGAUGUCCCAAUGUCAGCUUCUGCAUUUCUCGUGCCAGAUAUCCUUGGUGUGCUGAAACCUGGUGAGAUAUUCUAUAAAAGCUCAAGACGCAAUCUGCGGCAGACAGAUGGGACGGAGACGGAUAUAAUGUUAGGCGAUGUUCUGAUUACGCGGCACCCUUGUAAACUCCCUACCGAUAUACAAAAAGUACGGGCGUCUUCCCAAUUUAUGUUCGUAAAGCACUUAUAUAGCCCCCAGUGGAAAGCCGUGGACCGGCCUGAACUUCACCAUCUUACUGAUGUAAUUGUUUUACCAACAACGGGUGACCGAAGAGCCGCUGACCUGUUGAGCGGAGGUGAUUACGACGGAGACAAAGGCCUCAUCACAAACCAGCCCGAGUUAGUUAUCCCAUUUAUCAACGCCCCACUGCACUUUUCGGAACCUCCCUCGAAUAUGCAAAAAUACUUUGUACGGGAAAAUGAAGCCGUUCCCGCUUUCUUGGAACGAACCUCAGUGCUAUCUGAUGAUGCCAAAAUUCAUGAACGACAGCAGUACCUCCUGGGUGCCAUUCGUGAUACGUCGGUCGUCGGGAAAUACUCGAAUUUCCACGAAGCUGCAAUUUACACACUUGGCUACACACAUCCAGAGACUAUCCGUCUCGCAUACAUGUUUUGCAUGACUCUCGAUGGUGCCAAGACUGGUAUGACGGUUCUGCCACAAGUUCUGAAAGACGACACCAGAAAAUAUCAAAAACGUCCCCCGACUUGGAAAGAGACAGAAGAAGAUCGCGAGCGCCAUGUGAUGCACGGCAAGAACGAGACGAAUUUGAAGCGUCCCUCGUCCCUCGGCCGCUUUAUUAUGGAUGAUUUACACUCUCAAGCUGAAGCGGAAGGGAAUGUGUGGCUUGCCCGAAUUGAGAAGAAGUUCGAAAUCAAAAAUCGGAUCAAAGUUGAUGAUGACCUGACGGCACCUUGGCUGAAAUUUUUACAAAGGAGCAAACGCUGGAUAUCAGAGGAGAAUAACACUCUGUUGAGCGGAGAAUUGGAACAAAUUCGGAAACAUGUCGAGGCUAUCUACUUGGAGCAUCGAGCAGAACUCAAUGCAUCACCUCGCAAGCAGACAAACCAAUAUUCCCCGAAAAAGGACAAGGCUUCCUUCACUGACUUGCCUAUCGAGGUACGCCAGGACAAGUUUCGCGCCCUGUCGAGGAAGUUUGCUUCCUUUCCACGGCCUGACACAUUUCUGGCCUUGAGCGAGUGGGACAUUGCGGCAGCUAGGGCUUCCUAUGCUUACUGGUACGAUCACGAGCAGAGAAAACAAUCCAUUAGCAAUAAUUGGACUCGCUUCCCUUGGGACGUCGCCAUGCGUGAGCUCUGUACUAUUAAAGCCCGUGCAGGUGGUCGACACAAAGCUGUUGCUGGAGAAUUCUACGACCAUUUCAACAUGAAACAUCCACGAACGCACCAUACCUAG